AUGGAAGAGCACUUUCCGACCGAGGUCGAAGGAGCAUCUACGACACAAACCCAGCAAAUUCGAGCUAGUGUCGAGGCCCGUUUGGAGAGCUUGUCAGAGUUGCAAGAUCAGCUAGCUUCAGCUAGAAGGCAGCUACUCAUUACGCGUGAGCAGGUGCGGACUGCAAGCCGCAAUGUUCGAUUAAAGCGGGUGGAUGCUGGCGACGCUGAAGUCAUUUUCAUGAACCGACUACGUCAAUUCAUUAACGAAUCUGGGGAUGGGAUACCGGAGACUAUACUCGACGCCUACAACGCUGUUGCGCAAGCCCGUGACAUUCUAGGAGAAAUCGAGGAGGAUUACCUGCAAGCUGAACGCGACCUUACCGGGGCUGAAUGGAGAUUCAUGGAUCAAGAGAAUGGGUUCUAUCAAUUCGAUAUCUGGAGCAUUGUCAAUCAGGAGGAUUCCGAAGGUGUGGCUGCUUCUCAAGAUCAAACGUAUGAUCUUUCUUCGCAUCCACCACCGUCGCAGUCGUCCCCGCCGACCCCCGGUCCCAUCGCAUAUGCAGCAGGGUGGUUCGAUACAAGCCAUGUGCCCGGCACACCGUAUUCUGCUCAUUCGCCGUCCUUGCGCUCUGUGGUCCCUACUCUGGACGUCACAGCUACGCCUAUCCCCACGAGUGAAGUAUACUUCGCUAAACUUGCCGAGGUAGAAAGAUUACGGAAGGGUUUCGACCAAAUUCGGCACAACAAGGCAUCUGAUAUCGUAUGGCAAGAGGGAGGGGGAGUGCUAUUUGCUGAUGGAGUCGAAACUGCUGAUAUUGAUCCCGCAGCCCCCAAUAGCGAUUACUUCAAGAUUCUAAAAGAACUCUCGGCUUGUGAAGCUAGCGCUCAGCAGCUGAAAGUAGCAGCUAUGUCUGGAAUCCGAGAAGUACCGGCUUGGGCUUUGGCAAGACGGAAUUCCGAUCCAAUGUAUGACCUCACAGCUACACCACCAUGUUCAGCGUCGAUGCGACGAACACAGACCGAGAGUGCUAUCCAUUCGAUCAAGGAUGAUCCUACAACGAAAGAGAAGAUUCGGGACUGGUCUCUCACAUAUCUUAAAGUCAGCGCUGUACAGAAGUGCAUCUACCUGAACGCACUAGAGGAUCGUGAAGUCGCCAGUUCAACCGAUGAAGAUUGGAGGGCGCGGGCAACACGAUUCUGGAGCAACGAUAGCGUCGAUGAGGUCGGGGCGUCCAAGGCACAGAUAUGGAUCAUCAUCCUAGCUGCGCGAUAG